AUGAGAGCGGCGGCGACCUUUACCACGGGAAGAUGUUUCUCCUCGCUGAUGUCAUCAUCAUCGUCGAAACACUACUCUCGCGGGGGACGAUGCCACCACCACACGACGACACGGUUUUUGAUGUUGUGUUUGUUCGGGGCUCGUAACAGAAAAAGUACGAAUUUUAGGAGUUGUAGUAGUAAUAAUAAUAGGAGUGGUAAUAAUAGGAGUGGUACGACGAGGGCGAGAGCAUCGUCGUCUUCAUCGGAGGAGGAGGAAAUAGAGAAAACGACGACGAUAUCGUACGCGAAAUCGGGCCCGAAACAAAGACUGGACGAACUGACGUUGCUCACCAAUCCAGAUUUGAGCAGAAACGUCGUUCAAAGUUGGAUUCAACAAGGGAAAGUCUUGGUCGAUGGAGAGAAAAUAACGAAACCGGGGACAAAGCUGAAACCGAACGUAAAGAUUGAAGUCUUAGCGGAGGAACCGAAAUUCGUCUGUCGAGGAGGGUUGAAGUUAGAGAAGGCGCUGCAGUUUUUCGAGGUGGACGUUCGAGAUAAGAUUUGUUUAGACUCCGGGUUGAGCACCGGCGGGUUUACCGACUGUUUGUUGCAACAAGGCGCAAAGAAAGUGUACGGCGUGGACGUUGGAUACGGACAAGUGCACGAGAAAAUUAGAACAGACGAACGAGUUGUAGUCAUGGAACGACAGAAUUUGCGAUAUUUAGAGGCUUUGCCGGAUUUAGUGGAGGUGGUGACUUUGGAUUUGAGUUUUAUAUCGGUGUUGAAAGUUUUACCGAGCGUGGCGAAAGUGUCGAAACCAAACGGCGAUUUGAUUGUUUUGAUUAAACCGCAAUUUGAAGCGAGACGGGAACAGAUAGGGAGUAAAGGAGUUGUUCGAGACACAAAAGUGCACGAAGAGGUGAUUCAAAACGUUAUUGAAGGGGCGAAAACGUUAGGUUACGAGUAUAUUAAUCACACCGUGUCGCCGAUUAAAGGCGCGAAAGAAGGGAACACGGAAUUUUUAGGACACUUUCGCUAUCAAGAAUGA